AUGGGUCAAGACCCUGGGGGUAUCGCAUGGAUCAGUGGAUCGAUGUCGAAAGAUAAGGUCAAUGUGUUUCUACGCAAACUUCUGGGUGGCAUAAAUCCAGAUGGCUGCAUUCCUAGUUCGGAUUUCGAGAUUUUCGAACAGUUUUUGAAGCACCUAAAGAAUGAGUGGAACACUGCUUGCUCUAUUGCCAGCAAGGAAAUUGAUCGACCGCGAACAAAGCAAAUGAAGCAAAAGGGACGGCGCUCUGAGAUCGUUGAUGAGCUUUCUAACAAUGCAUCGAUACGAAUGAAGAUCCGGAAAUGUCUUCGUUCACACAUUGACAAACUUAAAUACGAGGUCAAGCUUGAUCAUCAUCUCAAAGAAGAAGAAGAAGAUCAAAGCAAGCCCAUUGGAAUAAUUUAUGACAUUGUAACAUCUGCCGUGAGAAGCCAAGAUGACAUGGAACAGGCUGUCCGGGAUCUAUUGCAGAUGUCAAUGGGAACUUGCUUGGAUCCCAAAAAAGGAGGCCGCUAG